AUGGAAUCAGAAAGAUUCAAUAAUACCCCUCUACGUGUUCCAUUAACUGAUGAAGAAGAAUUUGACCCUCAAUAUAAAAGUACACUCAACAGAAGUAUCCUUUAUUACAAGAUUCAACCUACUGCAUCUACCAAUUCUCAAGGGGAAUCCGCUCAAGAAAAAUCUGAAACAUAUUCUUUGUGUAAUGAACCCGAUCCAUUAUUCGAACCUAAUGGAGCUUACUUGGAACCAGUCGAAUUUUGGUAUAUUAUCAUCAUGAAACAAACCUAUUCUGACACUAGUGCUGGUGAUAAGAUUGAGGUAUACAAAUUCUUGGAGGCUUUGGGAUUAAAAACAUAUACCAGAUGGGAUUAUAAAAAACGUUUUGGUGAAUAUGCUUUGAAAAAACUUUAUCAAACCUGGGAAGCUCAUCAUCGGAACAUUAUACUCAUGGAAUUUACCAGACGUCUUCCAAAUUUAUCUGAGGAAGAAAAAAAUGGAUUAUUUGAUAUAUUCUUCAGUUCUGAGACAUUUGAAACGAAAAUACAUAAUGCACUUUUGGAUGUAUUAGCUGAUCCCAUAAAAGGUUCAGAUCUUAAUAAUUAUUGA